ACCGUCCAUGUAGUUGCCAUGUUGGAUGGACGCAUCGCUGCAGCGGCCGCUCGACUUUUUACGAUCGAACUUGUGCGUUUGUUCCACUCAAGACGCGUACUUGGGGGGGAUUAUUUGCGUGAUUUGACGCCGAAGAGAGGAAUUUAAGUUUGUUUUCGAAGCAGGUGCAGUCCCGGGGCACGCCCGGUCCUUGGCCGCCCUCCAGCCCCUGCAGUCGGCGGAGAUGAUCGGGCUGGAGGCCACCGCGCCCGCCGCCCGCUUGGAUGUGGCGUAAAUAAACACCGUUAGCAGUGUUUGCUCGUCGUCGAGUGGCAACCCGGAGCCAUGAACAGCCACCCGCUGCCCCGCAGGGCCGCUAACGCGGGCUCCAUGCUGCUGACCCCGCAGGAGAACGACUGCUUGUUCGGCUACCUGGGCAGGAAAUGUGCGACGCUGUGUUCGGCGGUGGUGCAGGUCUACGCCGCCGACCGGAGCUGCGGCUGGCUGAAGAAGUGCUGCGGGGUGGCAUGUUUGGUCAAGGACAACCCGCAGAGGUCCUAUUUCAUCCGAGUGUUUGACAUCAAGGAGGGUAAAACCAUGUUUGAGCAGGAGCUCUACCACAACUUCUCCAUCAGCUGCUCCAGGUCCUACUUUAUCUCCUUCGUGGGGGACACCAGCCAGAUGGGUUUGAACUUCGCCAGUGAAGAAGAGGCUAAAAGAUUCAGAGUCGCCAUCAACGACCUGCUCAGCCGAAGACAACGCAAAACUGACAAAAACGGUGUGGCUAAAAAUGGUCCCGCGCUGCCCAUGGCCACGGUGGACAUCAAGAACCCGGAGAUCAACAACGUGCGCCUCCUCAACUCCCACGGCCACCAGCCGCCGUACCACGUCAACAACAUGCUGAGUCACGGCGCUCUGACGCGCAAGGACAAGAAGAUUAAAGUCAAGAAAAAGAGGCUGACCAAGGCGGACAUCGGCACGCCAAGCAACUUCCAGCACAUUGGUCACGUGGGCUGGGACCCAAAUACGGGCUUCGAUCUGAACAAUCUGGACCCCGAGCUGAAGAACCUGUUCGACAUGUGCGGCAUCUCGGAGGCUCAGCUGAAGGACCGCGAGACGUCCAAGGUGAUCUACGACUUCAUCGAGAAGAAGGGCGGCGUGGAGGCGGUCAAGAACGAGCUGAGGAGGCAGGCGCCCCCGCCGCCUCCGUCUCGUGGCGGGCCCCCGCCUCCUCCCCCGCCCCCGCACAACUCAGCCCCUCCCCCACCUCCGCCCCCGUUCAGGGCAGGCCGUGGAGCUCCGCCUCCCCCUCCGCCUCCUCCGUCCCGCGCCCCUGCUUCGGCUCCUCCUCUCCCUCCGCCGUCCAGGCCGGGAACUCUCGGUGCCCCGCCCCCGCCGCCGCCCCCCACCAGGGGAGGUCAGCAGCCCCCUCCUCACCACCAACCCAAACCUCCCCUGCCUCUCUCCUCGAACUCUUCCCCGCAAGCCCCGCCCCCUCCACCUCCCCCGCCGACCUAUCAGUCCCCAGCAGCCGGCGGGGGCGGCGGCUCCGCUGCGGCGCCACCUGCUCCCCCUCCUCCUCCGCCCCCACCGCCAGGCCCCCCGCCGGCCGUGGAGCCGGACAGCGUGCGCGGGAGCGGCGACUCGCCUCAUUCGCCGGUCGCCGGCGGGAAGUCGGCGCUGCUGGAGCAGAUUCGAGGGGGGGCCCAGCUGAAGAAGGUGGAGCAGAACCACCGAGAGUCGCCGCCCAGCAGCGGGCGGGAUGCGCUGCUGGACCAGAUCCGCCAGGGCAUCCAGCUGAAGACGGUGUCGGACAGCCCGGAGUCGGGCUCGCCCACGCCAGCCCCCACCGCCGGCAUCGUGGGCGCCCUCAUGGAAGUGAUGCAGAAGAGGAGCAAAGCCAUCCAUUCUUCAGACGACGACGAGGAUGACGAUGAAGAUGAAGACUUUGAGGAGGAUGACGAGUGGGACGACUGACCACACUAAAGACUGGUUUUGUAAAUGUUUGACUUUUCCGUCUAUUUAUUUUUUACUUCCCGCCUUUUUUUUUUUUUUGGUUUGUUUUUUGACGUAGUCUUGGUAGUUAGGCGGCCAUCUUUGAGACAUUUCAGUGCACGCCUCCAUGGAGAGUCUGAACCUUCAUUUUCCCCUCCUUUCAUUUUCCCGUCGAAGACCAAAACGCUGCGUUGUUUUUAUCACGUGACUGAGGCGCUCUUUUGCACACCGCCGUUUUCUGUUUCAUUUCAAGCAAAGUGCUUAUUUGAUCAAAGCACCCGACGGUCUCGUUAACGCACUUUGCCACGUCCUUUUUUUGUUCUUGCGUCUGAUUGGUUGCUCAGGUUGUGACAUCAUGCUCUUAUGCAAAGCGGCUGCAACGCUAAUAAUAGUAAUAAUAGAAAAUAAUAAUAGCCGACCAAAUGUGGACGUUGCGAGCGAGGCUGUGAACAGUGCAAAGAAAUAAUGACACUUGAAACUGUUUGCUUUAACCAGUGGGGGCACUAAAGUGUAUACUUAAUAAAUGUUCCUAUUUACAGUCAA